AGCUUUUCUUCUUCAUCAUCUUAAUUAUCCAACUUUCAUGCUCAUGGCUAAAGUAUACCCACAGCAAUCCCCUUCUUCUUCUUCUUCUACUGCUUCUCCUUCUCCUUCUCCUUAUGUGACUUCAAGUAUAGAAACCUUCACAAUAUGGAUGAAAUCACUUGUUCUGCACGGUAAUGGUUGCACAGUCUAUAAUUCAAGUGGUCAGAUUGUUUACCGAAUUGACAACUACGACGAAAAGUGUAGAGAUGAAGUUGAUCUCAUGGACCUUAGAGGCAAUGUCCUCUUUACAAUACGUCGAAAGAAACUGAGACUAUUCGGAUGCUGGGAGGGCUAUAGAUGCAAUGCUUCUUCCAGAUCAAAAAAGGAGAAGCCAUGGUUUCAAGUUAGUAAACUCGGCAGCAUUUUGAAGGGAAAUUCAUCCUAUAAAGUUAAAGUAGAGUGUGAUCAAGCUCAACCAAGGUGUUACAGGAUAGAAAGAUUAAUUACAGGCAAGUCAGAGUACAGGAUAUUAAUGGAUGACUCAGGGGAUCUUCUUGCAGAGGUGAAGCAGAAACAAUCAACCUCUGGAGUUUCAUUGGGAAAUGAUGUAUUAACCUUGGUGGUGCAGCCUCAUGUUGAUCACUCCCUGAUCAUGGGUAUUGUUACUGUGUAUGGCCUAAUCAGUAACAAAAUGUGA